UACGGGGGUUCUCGCCGCCAGGGGGCGGGUGGAGCGGCCAUGGCGGACUACGAGGCGGUGCAGCGCGGCCCGCUGCGGCUCAAGGGCAGCGGAGCCGGGCUGGGGGCCGGCAAACGGAAGAAGAAGAAGGCGAAGGACAAGGCCCAGAUCCUGGAGCAGAUCGUGAGCAGCAAGAAGCAGGAGGAGGAGAAGAAGCGCGGCCUGGACAAGCGGACUCCGGCCCAGGUGGCCUAUGAGAAGAUGCAGGAGAAGCGGCAAAUGGAGAGGAUCCUGAAGAAAGCGUCUAAAACCCACAAGCAGAGAGUUGAGGACUUCAACAGGCACCUGGAUACUCUGACUGAGCAUUACGACAUUCCGAAAGUCAGCUGGACCAAGUGAAUGGACUGCUUUUCGAGGCUUUGCAUCAGGAGUUCUGUUUGUAUUGAACGGGGUUGCCAUGUAAAUCUGUGUAUUCUUGAUAUUGAGUAUUUAAUAUAUCUUCUGAACAUUUAUGACCUUGUGCUGUCUUAUUUAAUUGUUUUUUAAAAUCAAAUAUUCAACAAAAUCUCUUGGCUAGUGAACACUGGUUUAUAGAGUUGCAGAGAGCUGUUUUUUUUAGUGCUCAAAGUCAGAUUAAGGCCAAAGUCAAUUGCUUUGCGCUAACUGGAAAAUGUUUUUUUAUUUGUUCAAUACUAACAGUUCGCCUUUUUAGAAGUGAAGAGUCAGCUUUUCAUGUAAGGUCUAGGACUUGUAUAAUUUCUAUCUAUACAUACCGGGGAGGAGGGGUGUGUGCUGUGUUCUAAGAUUUUCUUGUACCUUUACCUUUGAUGUAACUUCUUAUUAAAAUACUGCUUUCAUCCUUCA